AAAGAGUUUAUCCGGGAAUCAGAGGAUGGAGGUGGCCAUGUUCGCUUGAGCACGCCGGCAAAUGCAGUGUUUUUGAUUGGACAGGUCUGCUAACGCUAAAAGGGGCGUAAAGUUUGCUGCUAGCAGCUAGCUCCGGUGUGAUCAUCUGGGAUCCUGCUCAUUUUUGGCGGCGCCCUGCAGAAACGAAAAAAAACAAAACAAAACGAUACUGUAGAGCGUAUAAUAUUUACAACAGACACGGUUUAGUUUGUAGUCUGUGAGCCGUGGUAGUUUUCAGGCUGAUAGGAACAUUCAGUGAAAUGAUGACCUGGCUUCUCUCUCUCUGGACAUGGCAUUGUGGCCAUUGGUGUUAAUGCUAACUAAGCUGGUUAGCUCAUCGGGCUAGGUAGCUGGGCUGUUGGCUGUAGCUGAAUCGACUAGCUAGCGAUAAGCAUUAGAUAUCACUAGCUCACAUUAGCUAGCUACGCUGUGUUAGAGGGUAGACUCGCGCUAUGAGAAUCACUUAACAGUAGCGUCGCUAGAUCAAGGCCACCUACGUUAAACUUUAGGCGAACAUUCAUUUUGUACUCAAAGUAACCGGCUGGCUAAAUUGGCUAAUUUUAACGCGCUAACAUGCAGGAGUAGUUGAGUAGUGUUUCAGUCGCCAACCGCUGCUGCCUUGCAACGGCAGACUAACGGGUCGGUAGCUAACAGUUGCCGGGCAUUGUGCGGUAUGUAGCCAUGGCAUGCUAUCCAUCGGGAUAGUUGGUGAUUGGUCAUAACGUUACAGGCAGCGUUAGCACAUGCCAGUUUUGGCUGACCAUAUAGUCAUGAUAUGAAGAGUUGUAGAGAGAACGCUGUUAUAAAUAAUAGCCAGUGUUAAGCUGCCUCGGCGCCACAGUUGUACAGACGAUAGGGCCUUGCAGGUUGCUGUGAGUGAUCUACAUCGAGUUAGCUAGUUUGUCUCAAGUCAGGUCAGUUGCCUGAUUGAUGAUGUUUAUUCACAACAUGUAAAGUUAGCGACGUUCGGAGAGCAAAAAUGUAACAUAACCGAGCCGGCUAGCCAUUUUGAGUUCACGACUAGGUGACAGGCAGCGUUAGCUAGCGAAAUGAACAACUCAGGAGUCAUGCCACAAGAAAAGAUGGAGCUGGAUCUGGAAAUCCCAUCUUCGUUAGUUCAGAACGAUGGACACCUGAGAAGAUCCAACAGUGCACCCAUGAUAAAUGGCUUAAGUGAUAACUCCCAAGUGUUCCAGAGAGAGGUCCUGCGUAGCCGGAGAAAUAGCACUACAGUUGUCAACAGGCCCAACAUGGUCCCUUCAUCGCCUAUUCGUGUCCCCAGCACCAGACUUCAUCAGAUAAAACAAGAAGAAGGUGUAGACGUGAUGAACAGAGAGACUGCUCAUGAGCGGGAAGUUCAAGCUGCCAUGCAGAUGAGCCAGUCCUGGGAAGAAAGCCUUAGCCUGAGUGACAAUGAUUUGGAGAAGUCAGCGUCUUCGUCUCCAAAGCGCAUCGACUUUGUGCCUGUGUCGCCUGCCCCAUCCCCAACCAGAGGGAUAGGAAAAAAGCAGUGUUUCUCCCCUUCACUACAAAUCCUUGUGAGCAGCAAUGGCCUAACGCCCAGCCCAAUCCCCAGCCCAACGCGACGCUUCAGCAGACGAAGUCAAAGUCCGAUCAACUGCAUCAGGGCCAGCAUACUUGGGCCAAUAAAACGCAAAGGUGAGAUGGAGUCAGAGAGCCAACCCAAGAGGCUCUUCCAGGGUACCACCACCAUGCUGUCCUCUGAUGUCUCCAACCUGUCAGAUCUCAGUUCCUGUCACUCUCCAGAUUUACUGGAUGGCAGCCUCAGCAGCGUCAGCUCCUCCACCGACUCCCCAGGCAAAAUGGAGGGAGUCUCACCCUCCUCGUCCAGCAACUCACCCUUCGCUUCCCUCCAGGAUUUGUCCCCAAAAUGAGAAUGGGAUAGCAAGAGACACUAAAAAGGCGCACAAAAAGACCCUCUUUCCAGGGAACCAGUUUCCUUCUCAGCCCCUCCACUUGACCAUUGCCUAGAUUGAGUUUAAUUUUCCAUGUUUGCUUCUGAAUGGCUGUUUUCAUGGCUACACUUUGGAGGGUCUAAGAUAUGUUUGAAUCGAGGAAACGAAAGCCAUGGAUGAGGUUUUGUUUAAGAGGUUGACCCAGUGAAAAUGGGGAACGACUGAAGACACUGUGAGCACCAGCUGCUAGAAGUGGAUCUUGGAUGGUUCUUGGCUUCAUAGUGAUAUUGUGUUUUUAAGUGGCUAUCCUGCAAAUCUGUCCUACCAGUUCCCCUCACUGGAGAGAGACAUUGAGCACUGGACAAAAAAAAAAGACUAUUUGGAUGUGUACAUUUUCCCUGUUUUUUUUGUGCUGGAAAACUUCUGUCCACAGGCCGUUGUAUGUACACAGUCUGCAGAUUUUGUAAGAAAAGAUUUAACUUAUUGUUUUCCUGCUUUGUUUGUAAUUAUGUACAUAUAAACCUUGUCAAAUGUCAUACAUAGUUUGGCUAUGAGGUGAAUGCGGGCACAGGUCUUCAACAGCAACAAGUUUUCUUUGUUAAAGGAACAUAAACUACUUUUGGGGUACAACUAUGGACAUUUCCUUACUGUUAUACUGUAAGAGAAGUUAUGUUUUCAGCAGAUAUUCUGAAUAUUUUUAUGAGACACGCUGUGAACUGUGGUGAAAAUUUUUCAGUUUGGCUUGUACACGGCCCUCCCCAUGACUUACUGCAACUUUAAUUGCCUACUAUGAGCAGUUAAUGCACCUAGCAGUGAAUUGUGGACGAAAUAAGAUGGUCAUCGCUGGUGGUCUUUCAACACUAACGGUUCCUCUCUAUCCUGUGUUCUUGUCAGGAUGUUUUUUUGUAGAUAAACAAAGUAUAGAAAAGAUUUUUUUUUUUCUGACAAAAUGUUCUUAUUUAUGGAAAAAAAUGUUUAUUAUAAAAAUUGGAUGGCGAUAGGUUUCUAUCCCCAGUA